GGCUGCCUCUUCCGGUGGGAAGAUGGCGUCGGGGUGCGCGGUGCCGAGUGACUUGUUCCCGCUGGUGCUUGCUUUCCUGCGACAAAACCAUUUCGAUGGGGCGGCGCGGGCUUUUGGGAAAGCGGCUGGAGUGACUGAGCAAGAUCCAAAUGCUGCUUCUCUCCUUGAUAUCUUCAAUUAUUGGCUGAAAUCACCUGUUGCCAAAAAACAGCAAGCAUUUGCAAAUGGAUCUUCUGCAAAGAAGACAAACAGGGAAUCAUCUAGUUAUGAGAGUUCCAGUGAAGAUGAAACACCUGCAGUCAGAAAACAAGCCACAAAACAAGUCACUGUGCCCCCAGUGCCAAUAAAGGCAGCUCAUGGCAGUUCUGAGAGCAGCAGUGAUGACACCAGUGACUCCACAGACUCUGAGCAAGAAGAGAAGAAACCAGCAAAGAAGGGAAUAGUUCUCCAAGGGAAGAAAUCAACUAUCCAAAAAACAAGGCCCCAGAAGACAUCUAGGAGUUCAAGUUCAGAUUCAAGCAACUCAGAAGAUGAAACUCCAAAGGACCAAACACCAAAGUCAGAAGGAGCCCCAAAAGUCACAAAACUGGCUUCUACAUCAGCAGCAAAACAUACUAAGAUGAUGUCCAAAACUUCCAAUGGCAAAGCAGAGGGUAGUAGCAGCAGUGAUGAGACGGGUAGUAGCGAGGAUUCCAGCUCUGAAGAGGAUCAACCUGUCAAAAAUAAGCUGAAGAAAGUUCCACACUGCCAAAACAACGCUGUUCAGCCACUUCCUGUUAAAACCAAGCAUGUAAAGAAGAGCAGCAGUUCAGAACAUGAAAAGCUAGCCUCAAAGCCCAAGCGUGGAGAAUACUGUGCUGUGCCACCCCCUUUAGCCCUAGAAUCAAGGAAAGGCAAAGCACAACACCCCGUUAUGAAGACCUCUAAGAAGAAGAGAGAGGAUAGUGAGAAAAAAGAGCAGGUGUCCACAAAGAGACCAUCAACUGAAGGGUCUACAAUUAAAAAAACAUUUGCCUCAAAAUCUCUUCCUGUUUCUAUCCAAAACGGAGAUACAUCUUCAGAGAGUGAUUCAGAUUCUAGCUCUGAAGAAGAUAAGAAUGUUUUAGUCAGACCCUCUGCCAAAGUCAUUUCAGCAAAUGGUGCUGCUAAAUUGGCUUCAUCAAAGAAAGUGACCAGCUCCUCUGAUAGCUCAGAUUCUGACAGCUCUGACAGUAUUCCUGACAAGUUUGCAGUUAGGACAGGCAUAAAGAAAGUAAAAAAACUUCCUGGAGUGCCGGCAAAGAAAGCAGAAAGUAGCUUUGAAGAUAAGAAAGUUCCUAAAAAAAAAAUUGGCACGAAGGCUCUCAAAACCACACCCAAAUCCAGCAUCCCUGUCUCUAAACCGAAGAGUUCUGAGUCAAGCAGCUCCAGCAGUGAAGAAGAACAGAAUCAGCCAGCCCAGAAAUCCGCUAGCAAAUUGUCCAUGGGCCGUAGCAGGAUUGUUAGUAAGCAAGGGCCAGCUGAUAGUGGGACCUCUUCUGACAGUUCCAGCGAUGAACAGUUUAAAAUAUCUGAAAAAAGAGAGAGGAAGAGAGUACAAAAUAGCUGUGGAACAGAGAAAAAAGCCCCCAAAAUCUCAGCCAACUUUGUGGGCAAAACAUCUGCGUCGAAGAAUCCAGCAUCUGAAGUGCUGAAUACUGCAAAGAGUAGCAGUUCUGAUGAAGAGGCCACAAAGGGAGGUUUAUCCAAGAAAAAGCGAAAAAGGAAAGAUGAUCAAGAGCUGGAGACACCAGACAUCAAGAAGAUGAAACCCAGAAGUCCUCAUACAUUCCCAAAAACAAAGCGGCAAUCCAGUCCUUUUCGCAGAAUAAGAGCAGAGGAAGUAGAAAUAGAUGUGCGAGUAGCAAACAAUUCCUUUGAUGCCAAGAAAGGAGCUGCAGGUGACUGGGGUGAAAAAGCAAAUGAUGUUCUGAAAUUUACAAAAGGCAAAUCCUUCCGACAUGAGAAGACAAAGAAGAAAAGGGGAAGUUAUUGUGGUGGCACUAUCUCUACACAGAUAAAUUCCAUCAAAUUUGAAAGUGACUAAACUUCCGCUAUAUUGGAAAGGGGAUCCCAAGUAAAAGAUGAAAUGUCAUGGAUCUACUGUGUUAUCUUCAUUUCUUAUGUUUUUAACUUGGGAGGAUGGUUGCCAAUUUUCUACAUGAUAAUUCUUAACAAUGUGACUCUUAAUGGAGGUAUGGGAUUGAGUCCUUUGGAUUUCUCAGAAGUUUCUGACUUUGUGUCAUUUUAUGUUAUGGCACAACUGAUAACGUGUGAUAAAUAAACAUACCUUAUACCUUUCUAA